CUGUCGAUUGAAAGCAAUCGCAAGUUUAAUCAGUGCGAAUCGUUGCUAGAAAACGAAUCGGCUCGCUAACAAUUAACUCUCAACCGAGUUUCAUCAGCCAAUUUCAUUCGAGAUCUUCCGUCUCUUUAUCAAGUCUUUCUUGAGAAAACAUGUCUCUGGUGCCGUUGCUAUUCUCCGACUGGUGGGAAGACCUGGAAUAUCCACAUCGGAUUUUCGACCAAAACUUCGGCCUCGGAGUUUCUCCGGAACAACUGACACAUCCCAACAUUCUCGAACGCUUCGCGCUGCAACAACCAUCCCGGCGUCUACGUCCAGGACCUAUGAUGUUUUAUAAUCGACCAUGGGGCGAACUGUUACGCAGCAGAGAAGAAGGUGGUAUAUCGACCGUUAAGGCAGAUAAGGACAAGUUCCAGGUGACGUUGGACGUGCAACAGUUCAAGCCGGAAGAGAUCAAUGUCAAAGUCGUGGACAAAUUCGUGGUAGUCGAGGCCAAACACGAGGAGAAGCAGGACGAGCACGGCUGGAUCUCACGGCAGUUUGUGCGCAAAUACAUGAUACCUGAACAGUGCGAUAUCGAUCAGGUGUCGUCGAGCUUGUCAUCAGAUGGCAUGCUGAGCAUCACCGUACCUAGGAAGGAUAAACCGAAGACGCAAAACGAACGGACGAUCAAGAUCCAGCAUACCGGCAAACCGGCGAUCCAGGAGAAGGCUCAGGAAAAGGCUCAGGAGAAGGCUCAGGAAAAAACUCAGGAGAAGAAGAAGUAAAAAUAGAGUAGAAGAUAAAAAUUAAUCGUAUAUCGUGUUGUUUCUGUGAAACCUUGUUUUUCUGUUUUAUAUUCAUAUAAUAAUAUAAUAUAUAUAAAAAUAUGAUUAUUUUUUCUCUGUGAAAUCGGAUAUAGUAUCGAAAAUUUAUGCAUGUGUUUUUCAUUUUUAUUUUUAUGUAAAUAAUCGAAUAAAUCAAUUCGGUGGAUGUUAA